CGCGUCUGUCCUGCCUUUGAAGAUCGCAUUCUGAAACUGCAUUCUGUUUGUGGAGUGAAUGCUCUGUCUAUGCAUAUUAGAAAGAGUUGGUAUAAUUGUUAUCGGAUAGCAAAAAAAUGACGUUUUUUGUAAAUUCUGUGGUCGAUUAAUCGAACCCUUUACCCCAAAUAUUCAAUUUUCAGUUGUAGAUGUUGAUUAUCUAGAGGCAAAUUUACCCACCACUCCCCACUAUUUUGAAGCGCUCAAAUCGUCAACAGUGACAUUUUCCUAAACAAAUUGUACUGGUAAGAACAAAGAUUCAGUGUCGGUGAGUAGGCAUCUUGUAGUCGUAAGAUUGCAACAUCGAAUUAUCUCUUUUUUCAUUUAUAACGCUGUCAUACAACAUUUCUUCGUCUACCUAGUAUUUCUUCAUUGUUCUUGUUAGAAACACAGGGCUUUUUCGAGAUGGGUGACGCAAUUAAGGUUUGCAUUCGUUGCCGGCCCUUCAACAAGCGUGAGCUGGAGAUGGGCCCACCGGAUGAACAGCUCUGCGUGAACAUGCCCAUCAACACGCAGGUGGAAAUUUUCGACCCGGCAAAGCAGGGGUCCGGCGGCCACGACGAGUGCGCCAACUCGUAUGCCUACGAUCGCUGCUUUUGGUCCGUCGUUGGACAGGACAGCUUUGAGCUGGCGUCGCAGCAAACCCUGCAGGAGGAGAUCGGGUCGGAGCUACUGAACAACACCAUGAAGGGGUUCAACAACACGCUUUUCGCAUACGGCCAAACGGGGGCCGGCAAAACCUGGUCCGUGAUCGGGGGUUCCGACAUCCGCGGUGACGAUGCGGGGUUGCUGCCGCGGCUGAUCGUAAACAUGUUCACUCAGUUGGCCACUCCAGAGAUGUCGGAGUGGAGCAACCACGUGACCGUAUCCUACUUGGAGAUCUACAACGAGCGCCUGCGCGACUUGCUUAAGCCGCAGGGCGGCAAUACCAAGGCGAGUCCGGUUGCUGCGAAAAAGGGUCCCUCAGACAAGAAGGACCCAGAAGAGUUGGAAAUCCGUCAGCAUCCGACCCUGGGUGUUUUCGUACCGGGACUCACGGAAGCUGCCGCUACCGAUGCAGAAGCGGUGAUGGGCAUGUUGGAUUUCGGUUUCAACAACCGCGCUGUCGCUGAAACCUCCAUGAAUCCGCGGUCGUCGCGUUCCCAUACUGUCUUCGUCAUCGCGGUGAUCCUGUUCCAAGGAAAAUUCGAAAAGCCAACAAAGCAACUCACGAGCAAGGUAGCCGCUGAUGAUUCUAUGCACUUAGAAGUUUGAAUCUUAGACAUCGAUGGUCCAUGCUAGGAGUUGAUGAAACGGAAUUGAAUUAACAGCAACGUCGACAUAGCAUAAGCAAGUACCUAAUUAGAAUUUCUCACCCAAUCUUCACAGAUCAACAUGGUCGAUUUGGCGGGAUCUGAGAGGCAGAAAAAGACGAACGCUGAGGGUGACAAGUUAAAGGAGGGCGCAGCGAUCAAUCAGUCCCUUACGAACCUUGCACUUGUUAUCCACUCUCUCGCAGCCCAGUGCACUGGCAAGGCGAAAAAAGGAAAGGGAGAGCACGUUCCCUUUCGAAACUCGAAGCUGACGUACUUAUUUAUAAGUCCUCUUUUGUACAACUCACUCUUCUAGUCAUUCGCAACGACGGUGUUGUAAUGAACUCAUUUUCUGCUGCGCUUAUAAAAGUGCUUUUGUUUGAAAAUCUUUCAGUAGAAAUUUGUUUGAUAAUUUCGUCGACCUUUUUUUGUAGCGACUAAGAAAAGCUGUCUUUGUAUUUCUACCAGGCACUUUUUGCAACCGGCGCUGAGCGGUAACUCGAAGACCGUGAUGAUUGCUGCAAUUUCACCCAGUAGUAACAACAUCCAAGAGACGCUGUCGACACUGCGUUUUGCGAACAGUGCGAAGGAAAUCAAGACCAAGGCAACCAGCAAUGCGGCCACGAACAUGAGUGUCGUGGAUCAGUUAAAAGAGCAAAUCAAGACUUUGCAGAAGCAGUUGGCCACUGGCGGCAGUGGAACCGCUGGUCCGGGAGGGGAGCCGGCAGCAAUCGACGAGGACGUGAAGCAGCAGAUUGCUGAGCUCAAAGCUCUGCGGGAGAAGUACGGCGAGAGCUUCGAGAAAUCGUUGGCACGCGGAGAGUUGAUCCAGAGCCAACAACAGGAGGCUCUGAAAGCGAUGGGUUUGGGCCCGCCGGAUGACCCGAUGGCCCCGUCGCUGAAGAGCAUUUCGGCAGACCCAACGCUGAACGGCAAAAUGACUUACUACUUGCCCACGAACGGCAACGAGGUGAAUGUGGGAAGCGACAAGGGGGAGUGUACCAUUGUGCUCGAGGGUUUGGGCAUUCCGAAGCAGCUGAUCGCGCUGAGUAAUAAGGGUGAUGCGAUUAACGCCAAGCUCCUUCCGAUGACCGAGGAGGAAGCCGCAGCGUCGGGGAAUCUGGCCGAGGUGUAUCGCAAUGGCGCCCGUUUGUUUGCUGAUGCGACUGCGGGCGCGGAGGCAACUCUGAACCACGGCGACCGCCUCUUUCUGGGGAAAGCGUUCGCUUUCAAGGUGUUUGUUCCGUCUGCGGCCGCACGCAAGGAAGCGGAUUUGGAGGAAGUGGACCACGAGUUCGCGGAGAUGGUCGCCGAGUUGAUUGACACCCACUCGGAGCAGUACUUGCAAACGGAGGACUUCACCACCGCCUUGAUUCCCCUCAUCGGUAAGGAAAAUGCGGAGAAAUUCUUGAAGAACUUUUCGCGCUGCUUGCCGCUGGUGCAGGAGGCGAACCAGAUCAGCGCAGCCGUUCGUCCUUUGGACCGCAUUUUGUUGCGCCUCGAUGUCCUGCUUGACCCGCAGUCCUUCCGCGGAAUCUCCCCGGCCAUGUGCGUGCGCCUCUACAAGACCGCCCCACCGCAGCAGCAGGCUGAGGGCGCCGACAACGUGCAGCGCGAAUUCGCCGUGCACGCGGAUGGAUUGAUGGCUGAGGACCGCGACGACAUCUUCCAAGAUGCUGUUGUCGACGGCAAGCCAGCGGUAGAACUCGCAGUGUUUUCGUGGCACUCGUUUCUCGUACGACUUCAUGGCAUGCGUGAGGCCUACGACGACUUCAAGACUGGUAAACAAUAAGAUAGCAUAAUCGAUGAGGUUCAGUGGUACGAAUUUCUAACUGGCUCCUCUCCUGUCUAUCAGAGAGAUGUCGAUUUUUUUUCUUCUAGGACUGAUCUUCGUCUGCCUGCCAAUAAUUCAUGCCUUCGUUGUUAGAUGAGAUAAGUAAAAUUCAUUCAAACAAUUUUUCAGGCAUUCCAACUAUUUUAAAUUUUCAAUACAGGUAAAGUGCAUGACUGGAGAAUGGAAGCCGAUCCGUGGACCGAGUACAGCUACCUAGAUCAUCGGGACAUGGCUGGUGAGAUGAACGUGAUGAAUCAUGCUCGUGAAAGUGUUGAGGGUCACUUAGCCACUGCGGUCAAGGGCAUUGAGCAGGGUCGCGGCCGAUCAAUUAUUGCGGAUAUCUACGGCACGGAUGACAAGCGAAAGUCCCAAACCGAUAAGAAAGUCGUCAACGGCUCGUGGUCAGUGGAAGCCAUAUCCUCAAUGUCGCAUGAGGAGCGCAAUGUGCAUGCGCAGGUACUCUUCCACAGGCUACGCGAGAGCCUGUCCGUUCUCCGGCAAGAACUCGAAAUCGAUGAGGAAGGGAAGUAAAAAUUGUCGUUAUGGAGUACUUGUCAAAACUAAUGCACUGUUUGAGUAGUAGUUUUCUAACAGAAUUUUCCUGGACAUCCACGGUAUGUGAGCAUAAGAAAGAUUUUCGUUUCCUGCAGGUCAUCACUUAUCGUAUUAUUUACUAUUUGUUUUCGUUCGUGCGGCACAGAACUAUAACUUUGGUUGUUGUCAUACGGUUUCUGCGACCAGGCGCCUAAGCCCGGCUUCGAGCAUGUCAAGCAUUCAUAUACUAAUAUUUGGUAACUAGAAGUUUAGAUAUAACGAGCCACGUUUGAUUAGUUUGUACGAGUCUUGUUGCCUCUGCAUUGACCAUGUUAGUAUCUUCUUCAAGGUAGUAACUAGAAAAUGUUGGCUUGAGGAGGUCCUCUACGUUUUAUCGAACAAAAUCUAGAACGGUUUACCUGCUUGUUAUGAGUGUUUUAUCGAGUGCUAUGUGGAGACUACUUGCUGUAGCGUCUCUUGCUGCUGCUUUGAGGCAUUCUUGAAUUUUCCAUCUCCACGACGAAAAAAAGGUCAUGAAAAUUGGUUAUGGUUGUGUGGCAGACAUUGACCGCAGCCUAAUCGUUCUUGUAUGUAAAAGUAAAUGAGUUGUGAAUUACAUGUAUUGAGACAAAACAAAACAAACUCCGUUGAAGCCAUGUACUGGGUAUAUAUCAUCAUCAUAUGCUUCAGCCCAGUUCUCAUUUUGAAUGAGUUCUUUCAGUCCACUAAUUUCUUCGUAGUUGUUCGUGGUAUGUAUGAAUCCUUCUGUAGUUAUAGAAUUGGCAAUUGGUGCAAUAUUAUCAAACAUAAAUGAGCUGAAAAAAUUCAGAUGUCUUCUAGGGAUAGAAGAAGACUUUGGAAUUGUCAUUUCAGAGAAGAUGAAGAUUCUAGUUGAAGGCAUUUGUAUAGACUUGGGAGAAGUCAGGACGUGCAACUAGAUCAAAUGACUACUUUCGCAUGGGGAUUUUUGUAGAAAAUUUACGUUUGAUUUGAAAGGGACAAUUAGAUGAUAGUAGGUACUACUUGUGCAUAGUAGAAGGUACUCAAGAUGAGAUGUUAGUUGAGUACAAUGAGGCGGCGCAGUUGCAAUUUCUUCGAAGAAGGCCUCAAAGUGUGGGUUGCAUUUCAACUGUAGUACUAUUUUUCUGAUCGAACGAACGUCGCAGUAGUGAUUUGAUAAGCGAAAAGCAUAGUUCAGGAGUUGUGAAAGGC